AUGUAUUUUCAGAAUCCAUGUAGAUCUCAAAGCCUUGACAAAUUAGCUAAAGAAUUAGCUAAGUAUUUUACUGAAUUAACUUCAUUUCUUGAAUCUUUAAAAAGUUACUCUUUAUGUGAAUGGCAUUACAAUCAGAUUGUUGCUAAACCUUCUUUUAUUAAACAAUUUACAGACAAAUCAAAUUUAGAUGAGAGUAAAAGAAAAAGAGUAAAGCUUUCUAAUAAAAAAAUUAAUCCAACUUCUGUCGAUUUUGGAAUUCAAGCAUCUUUACCAGAUCUAAUAUAUGAAAGUCUUUUAGGGCAGAUUAGUAAGCUUGAAAGUGCUAAUAAGCAAUUAUUAGCUGAAAAUAAAGAGUUAAAAAAAAGGUUAUAUGAAAGAUUUACUAACCAACAAGAUCGUAUUCAGUCUAUUAUAUAA